AUGGUACAAUUGCGCACCAAGCAUCUGCAUGUGAGCUCUCUAUGCCCUAUUUGUCAAAGUGAAGAUGAGACUAUCCUUUAUAGACUGGUCUCUUCUCCUGAAUCUACACUUUGUUGGAAUCGGGUGGGAAUAGGCACUAGUAGUACGCCUGAUAACACUUUUCUUGACUGGUGUAUUAUUUCGUUUAAGGCUUUGGAUGUGGAAAAACGUUGUGUCUUAGCCAUGAUUUGUUGGGCUAUUUGGGAAGCUAGGAAUGACUUGGUGUGGAACAAAAAGGUAACGCGGGUUGGUGACAUUGUUGCUUCAGUAAAUAGAUAUCUUGAUCAAUGGAGACAUGCUCAAAACUCUACUCUAGAGGUAUCAUGGCCUGGUAUUCAGGCGGGUGAUGGGGCUGAGCAUUGGAUUUUACCACAGGUUAAUAGUAUCAAGAUCAAUGUGGAUACAACUAUGUUUGAGAGGGAGAAUGGCUUUGGAUUUUGCAUGGUGGCUCGAGAUUCAAACGGCUUUCUGAUCGAAGGUCGCACUACCUUCUUGACCGGUCAAGUAGAACCGAAAGUAGCAGAGGCAAUGGGAGUCCGGGAAGCACUUUCUUGGAUCAAAGAUCAUCAAUGGCAGUCGACUUCUCUUGAAACUGUCUGCCUUUUAGUUGUGCAAGUCCUGGGAUGCACUUUUUCUAUGAUUUCUUUAUUUGGACAUGUAAUUGAUGAUUGCAGGCCUAAUAUAGUGGCUCAUAACUUUGCUAGAGCUGCUAUACUAUACCCUGAUUGUCGUUUCAACUUGGAGGCUGUUCCAACUGAUUUGCUACCUUGCUUAGUAGCUGAAAUUAAUGGUUAA